AUGGCACCUGCAGCGACCGGCGGCAAGAAGCAAAAGAAGAAGUGGUCCAAGGGAAAGGUCAAGGACAAGGCCCAGCACGCCGUCGUCCUCGACAAGCAGACCGCGGACAAGCUCAACAAGGACGUCCAGUCCUACCGCCUCAUCACCGUCGCCACCCUCGUCGACCGUCUCAAGAUCAACGGUUCGCUCGCCCGGCAAGCCCUUGCCGAUCUCGAGGAGAAGGGUACCAUCAAGAAGGUUGUCGGCCACUCCAAGCUGAGCAUCUAUACCCGUGACGUUGCUGGCGAGGCUUAA